AUGCCCGUUUCGCAUCUCACCCUGACCGUCUCUCACCUUCCGACCUCUACCGCUUUCUUUCUAUCAUGUUUACAGCCAUUGGGAUACCAAUUCAUUGGCAGACAGGACGACUAUAUAGGGUUCGGUCAGAAGCAGGGGGAACCUGCUGAUUUCUGGAUGACCGAGACUAAGCCUGGAUGUCCUCCUGGUACAGUGCAUAUCGCCUUUCCAGCCCCGUCAAAAGACGCAGUCGGUUCGUUCUUCAUAAGCGCCCUAAAAUCGGGCGCGAAGAUCCACGGCGAACCGAAGAUGCGAGAUUCGCAAUCGGGGUACUUCAGUGCAGCCGUCAUCGACCUCGACGGCAACAGCAUUGAAGCUGUAUACCGGCCCAGCAAUGCCUCGCUUAUCUCAGAGGCUAGUGGACCGACAAUCGCUCUUCUGGAGAGUUCCAGCCGCUCUGUGGUCUCAAAGGCAAGCAGCAAAGCUAGCACAAUUAAGACAGAGAGUAUCGCACCCCCCAGGUCUGAGGCCAUGUCCGAAGCCAGAUCCGUCGCAAGGUCUGAGGCACGAUCCGUGGCACGAUCCGAGGCACGAUCCGAGGCACGAUCCGAGGCACGAUCCGAGGCACGAUCCGAGGCACGAUCCGAGGCACGAUCCGAGGCACGAUCAGAGGCCAAGUCUCGUGCCGUUUCGAAAGCACCCACAAACUUCGAGCGGUCUGCACCAACAGUCGUCUCCCGCCAGUUCCAGGGCCCACCGUCAUACAUCAUGCAAGCGCCCACACCGCCACAGAGCGACGACGGCAGCAAAGCAGCCAAGACCAUCGUGGGCACGCUCAUUGGCGCUGCCGCAGGUGCAGCCAUCGCCUACGCAAUGGUCAAGGGCGACUCCAAGUCAACAACCCAAGAACUCGAACAGCCACUGCAGCUCGCAAACAGCUUCCCCCAAAUCAAAGCGGCGGCCCAAUCCUUCUUCGGCAACGAUGACCAACAAUCCCAAUACCGCGCCAUCGAAGCACCCCCGCCACCACGCAGCGCCUACACCACCGCAUCAAACCCGCGCUCAACCCUAUCGUGCAGCGUAUCCUCCAAGAACCCCCACGCCAGCACAAUCUACGAAGGCAGCGAGUACAUGCACGACAACCCCCGCCGCUCCUCAGAAGGCAGCAUCUACAGCAUCCCGGAAGACAUCCCGCUCCGAGCAAUCGAGUACCCACCCGCCAGCAACGCCUCCCAGCAACGUCACGCCUGCGCGCCCACAACCUUCAUCAGCAGCUUCCACGACGAGAGGCCCCGCGCGCCAAGCAGUGUGCACAGCUCCUCGACUUUCAAAGCACCACAGAGCACACACCGAAAUCACAGCCACGAUGACCGCGACGGGUCCGAGUCAACUGUCUCUCAUCGCUCGCACAAGAGCCAACAAAGCACGCACUCGUACCGCGCCGCCUCGGUACGCUCUUCCUCGCACGUCGGCAAGGACAAUGCUAGCGUUGCAUCCUCUUCCCGCUCUACGCGCAAAAUCCCCCUCCCCGCUGGCUCAAGCGCUACAUACUACUCCAGCCCGAGCGUUCACAGCAAGGAGGGCGGGAACUCGUAUAUGUCUGCAAGACAUGUCCCGCUUCCUGAGAGCGUGGCGGAUUUAGAUGUUGACUCGGUGGUCUCGCCGGAUGACUCGAUUAGCCAGGUUGGAUUGCAUGGGCAUCGGCAUCGGUCGCAUCGGUCGAAGAGUUCUAGGGCGGAUGACCAGGCGGAUGCGAUGAGCCAGGCUUCUAGGGCUAGUCAUAGGACUGUUAAGGCUGGGGAGGGGUCGAGGGCUGGGAGUCGACGGGGAAGUCAGGUUGCUUGA